AUGGCUGCCUCUCUACCCACCAUAGUUCUAGUCCAUGGCGCCUGGCAUACCCAGCCAAACUAUCAUAAUUACAUCGAAGCCUUGAAAGCACAAGGCUUCAAAGUCCUCACCCCACACCUCCCUUCAUCCAGCGGCAAAUCUCCCCCAGACGCCUCCUUCCCAGAAGACGUCGUCGCAGUCCGAGAAGUCGUGGAGAACCUCGUCGAAGCGGGCGAGCGCGUACUCAUGGUCAUGCACUCCUACGGCGGUGCCGUCGGCACCGAUGCUAUCACAGGCCUCAGCUUCACCGAACGCAAAGCCGAAGGAAAGAAAGGGGGAGUGAUACACCUCUUCUACAUGUGUGCGUACAUCCUCCCACCCGGAGCCACCAUCUGGAGUAUAGUGGAAGAAGCGCAAAUGACGCAGUUCUGGCCGCAGUUCGUCGACAAUGCUGCAGAUGGCUCGAGCUUUCCACACGACCCGAAGCUCUUGUUUUUCGGCGACGGCGUGGAGCAGCGUGUCGUGGAUGAGGCGCUUCCGCACUUGGUGCGGUCGCCGUUGUCCAUGUUCCAUACGGAGACUAAGGGGAGUGCGUGGAAAAUCGUUCCCGCGACUUAUAUUUUGACCCAGCAGGAUUACUCGGUGCCAAGGGUGUAUCAGGAUAUCAUGCUUUCUAAGGUGAAGAAGGAGGGGGUAGUUUUGAAGACGGAGGACUAUGAGACGAGUCAUAGUGCUGAGAUGGUUCGAGCGGUUGUGGAGGCUGCUAAGGAUGAGAGGAAUCCGUUGUAA